AGCUAAUUAAUUCAUAUUAACUUGAAGAUUUAUAUUUCACAAUGCUACCUGGAAACAUAACUCAAGAAAUGACUGGAAAUAUUUCCGAAAAAGUAGACGUUUUCCUCCCUGAUCCCGAAAUUGGAGUUACUGUGCCAAAAACUGUCGAAGCAGUGAUGCAUAUUAUGUACAUUACAGUGUCUGUUGCAGCUGUUGGUGGAAACGGAAUGGUAUGCUACAUUGUUCUUGCUUAUCAACGCAUGAGGACCGUCACAAACUUUUUUAUUAUUAAUUUGGCAGUUGGUGACAUACUUAUGGCAUGCCUCUGCAUCCCGUUUGGAUUCGUUUCCAAUCUCUUGUUACAAUACUGGCCAUUUGGAGCAGUAAUGUGUGUACUAGUGUCCUAUGCACAAGUGGUAUCAGUCUUCAUCAGUGCUUACACUCUUAUUGCUAUCAGUAUAGAUAGAUAUAUUGCCAUUCUGUACCCAUUAAGACCAAGAAUGACUAAAUUACAGGCCAAACUUAUUAUUGUUGUAGUAUGGGUAGUGGCUCUGAUUACACCUCUUCCAACAGCGGUGUUAUCCAAACUCGAAAUCCAUCCAGCAUGGGAUGGUUUCAAUGAUACUACAAGAAGAUACAUUUGUACUGAAGCAUGGGAAACUACAGAGCAGAGAUACUACUACAGUAUGGCACUUAUGAUACUGCAAUACUUUUUCCCACUGAUUGUUCUUCUCUACACCUACACUAGAAUAGCCAUUGUAGUAUGGGGGAACAAGCCACCUGGAGAAGCAGAGGAUGUGAGGGACCAAAGAUUAGCAGCUUCCAAGCGUAAGAUGGUCAAAAUGAUGAUAACAGUCGUAACCGUCUUCAGCCUCUGUUGGUUACCUCUCAAUAUUCUGAUUGUCGUCGGAGACCAAAACGAAAAGAUAUGGCAGUAUGAAAACAUCGUUUAUGUAUGGUUUGUAUGCCAUUGGCUUGCCAUGAGUCACGCCUCCUACAACCCCAUUAUCUACUGCUGGAUGAAUUCCAAGUUCAGGGAUGGCUUCUUUCAGAUCUGCAGAAACAUCGCCUGCACACGCUUCAGGAACAGAUAUUUAGAAGAAAAUACUCUUCAUCGUUGCAACACUUAUUCCACAUACACAAGUGUCAGGAAUCUCAGUGUCCACGGCUCAUCACCAAGGUCUUUGCACAGCAAUGGUAAAUGUAUGCUGGCUCCUAGCCCAACUCCAUCAACAAGGUUGACCGUGCAGCAUGUUUGUCGGUAUGAUGGUUGUAUGACGGAUGAUGAGAUGGUGAGUGACUCACAAGUGUAAUUCCAAAUCAUCAAAAGUAUGAUACAAUGAUGAGAUUUUGAGCUAACAAUUUGCAGUGAUUCACCAAUUAAGCAUGACAGAUCCAAAUCAUAAUGUCUUCUUAUUUAAAGUAUGCAUGCAUGACAAUGGUAAAUAUAUGCUGGCUCCCAGCCCAACUCCAUCAACAAAGCUGAUAACACAGCACGUUUGUCGGUAUGAUGGUUGUAUGAUGGGUGAUGAGAUGGUGAGUGAUUUACAUAUAUAAUUAAUACUCAUCAGAAGUAUGAAACAAUGAUGCGAAUUUAAUGUGCAAUGAUUCCCUAACUAAGCAUGAGAGAUGAAAAUCAUAAUGUCUUCUUAUUAUGCAUGCAUGACAAGCUAAGAUUUUCAUUAACAUACAGUGCAUGUUUAUUUGAUUUUUGUUCAUUCAUAUAAUAUUUUUCUAUCUCGAAACUUGCACAUUACUUUCAUGAAACGAGAAAACAGCUGAAAUUAUAUUUCAGCAAACGUAUUUUCAUAAAUCAUUGUAUGAAUCGAUAACUCAAUUCCAUCAUAUGAAUAUUUACUUUCAUUUUCAUCAAUUCAU